UGUGUCAGCUACAGCACCGACGCGGCCUUUCCGGGCGGGAGCCCCGGCAGCAUGCUGAGCACGCUGCUGGUGGCGGAUCAAGUAGGGCCUGAGGUGGGAGCGGUGGAGGUCCGGGACCUGUCCUUGCAACAUGACCGGGUUGGAGCACUGCUGAUUGCGCUGUACUGGCUGCCGUACUCGGAUGCGCCGGCGGACGUCAAGCUAACCGCUAACGACCUGGCGGGAGCGUCGGGGGCCCGAGCCGUCCUCAAGGGGCUACAGGAAGCUCAAGGCGCCACACAACUAAAGAAUGUUUCGUUUGCGGACUAUUUUAACGCCACAUUGGCCGUGGCACAGGCAUCGCCUCCGGUGCUGACGGGCUCGUACAGGCACGUGGACAUGAUGCCUGUCACGCCGCUAUCGAUUUUCUCCUCAUCCAAGCUCACGAGCCGGGGAAGAUGGGUGCUGCGGGUGGCUGACCUGGGCGAGAACUGGCAAGAACGCAAAAUCGACUUCAAAUCUUGGAGCCUGGUGCUGUGUCCUCCCGCCAAUUCCUCCUUGCCUCCCCUCCUGACGCUGUCCAUGGCCCAGCAGGCCGCCGCCGACAGCAGUGUGUUCCGCGGCGCCCUGACCGGACUGGGCUCCGCCGUACGCCUCAACGCGCUGAGCGGGGGGUCCCUGGCCGCGGCCAUCGGCACCCUAGUCACCCGGGAUGCCAACAUUAAGUACAAGACCUACUCAGAGCUCGCAGACGACGCAGUUGCAGAUAUGAUCCGCUCGAUCGACAACACGCAACAGCUGUUUGGACUGCCGUACAAGGCGACGCCUUUAAUCAGGACAUUCCAGCCUUGGGUGCAGCUAUUGAUCGGCGGGUCCGAAAUCAUCUUACAAAAUUUUGUUUGGCCGGGCAAGAUCGUCGUCUACGGGCUCGACAUCGAGAUCGCUAUCCGGACCCGAGCGGCCAUGAGCUCUAGCACUGGGGGCGGCGGCGGGGGCGGCGGCGGUGGUGGCGGCGGUGGCGGCGGUGGCGGCGGUGGUGGCAGCGGUGGUGGCAGCGGUGGUGGCGGCGGCGGUGGUAGCGGCGGUGGCGGCGGCGGCGGUGGCGGCGGCGGCGGCGGUGGCAGCGGUGGCGGCGGCGGUGGCAGCGAUGGCGGUGACGGCGAUGGCGAAGGGAACCCUCGUGGAAGUGGCACUGGCUUUGAGGAUGCUGACGGCGGCGACACAAGAAUCGGUGGCCGGGCCAGCAACACUGGCAUUCGCGACGAUGGCGCCGCCUCAGAAGGUUUCCGCUUGGAGGAUGGCGCUGAGUGCAGCAACGACGACUCGAUUUACGACAGAAGCAAUCCAUGGGGCACAAUCGAGGGCCGCAGCGGCACUGUGCCGUUUGACAAGCAGGCGCUGUUGGAUAACAUGUGCAGACUCACAGUCCCGGGGGCAGAGUGGCUGUUCAGCCGGGUGCCGGAUGGAGUUCGAACCGGCAGGGUGCCCAAUGCGGAGGAUCUCGCAGCUGAGGAAGCGGCCGCAGCCAGCGGCGGCGACGGAGGCAGCCGCGGCGAGGAUGUUGUUCGCGAAGCGCCCAUCCCCUUUCCCCUGGAGGGGUCCUCCAGCAGCCGCCGCCUGUCUGCCUGGUUUCCCACAGUUGACUCGCCCAGUGAGCCGUUGGACUUCACCAGGAAGUCAGGGCCUGGUGUACGAUAUCCAGAGGUACAAAAGAUGUACGACAGUGCAAAGGCCUUCGAGCGCGAGUCUCCCGCUGUGAGGGCUCUGCGGGCCACGGAGCUGGACACGGACUUCCUGGAGGAGGUUAUGGACGGCAUAUUGGGGGACAUCAACGUGGACACCUACAGCGACGCUUUGAACAACGGGCUUCAGCGAUUGGUGGACCAAGCAGAUGCCGCCUCUCGCGCACUGGGGACUGUGGCUAACUCGCCAGCUCUGGAGCGAGCUGGAGGGCAGAACGCGGUGAAGACGGCGCAGGCGCUCCAAGCAGGCGCAGAUACAUACCACCUAAUUUUACAGGCCGGCCAGGAAAGCCUCAAGCGGGAAAACAUGAAGGACUUGGUCAACAGCACACGCAAGUUCAUCAAGGAAGGAGGGCUCACGGAGGCUGAGCAGAAUUUCGGAUCACAACGGGCAAGUCCACGCACGCAGCGACCAAACGAGUGGAUUUUAGGAGUCGUCUUAGGAAUUUAG